CGCCGGGGGCGAGGUGAGGUGUUGGCAGCAGAAAGGGGUUCGGGCGUGGGGGGCGGGGGAACGUGGAGCGAUGGCCCGCGCCGGCCGCAGGGCUGGAUAAAAGCCGUCGCGCCGCGGGUGUAGGAGGGAGGGAGGUGAGGGCGCCACGAGAGUAUGACGGGGCUGUACGAGUUGGUGUGGCGGGUGCUGCACGCUCUGCUCUGUCUGCACCGCACGCUCACCUCCUGGCUCCGCGUUCGGUUCGGCACCUGGAACUGGAUCUGGCGGCGCUGCUGUCGCGCCGCCUCCGCCGCGGUCCUAGCGCCGCUCGGCUUCACGCUCCGCAAGCCCCCGGCUGCCGGCAGGAACCGCCGUCACCACCCGCACCCGCGCGGGAGGCCGGGCCUGACCGCCUCGCACCUCCGGCUGCGCUGGCGCGCGGACUGCCGUUCCCUGGAGAAGCUGCCAGUGCAUAUGGGCUUGGUGGUCACCGAAGAGGAGCAGGAGCCCAGCUUCUCGGACAUCGCGAGUCUCGUGGUGUGGUGUAUGGCUGUGGGCAUCUCCUACAUUAGCGUCUACGACCACCAAGGUAUUUUCAAAAGAAAUAAUUCCAGAUUGAUGGAUGAAAUUUUAAAACAACAGCAGGAACUUCUGGGCUUAGAUUGUUCAAAAUACUCACCAGAGUUUGCAAAUAGUAAUGACAAAGAUGAUCAAGUUUUAAAUUGCCGAUCGGCAGUGAAGGUGCUCUCCCCAGAAGAUGGAAAAGCAGAUAUUGUGAGAGCUGCUCAGGACUUUUGCCAAUUAGUAGCCCAGCAGCAAAAGAGAUCCACAGAUUUGGAUGUAGACAUGUUUGACCGUUUACUUAGUUCAACUGGUUUUCCUGAUCCUGAUUUAGUAUUGAAGUUUGGUCCUGUGGACAGCACGUUAGGCUUUCUUCCCUGGCACAUCAGAUUGACUGAGAUUAUCUCUUUGCCUUCCCAUCUGAACAUCAGUUAUGAGGACUUUUUCUCUGCCCUUCGUCAAUAUGCAGCCUGUGAACAGCGUCUGGGAAAGUAGUGAUCCCUGGCUGCGUAAUUUGAUUUCAGGCUUUUGGAGAAAAGGACCUAAGUGACUCUGAUGUUUACAAAUCACCUAUGAAACCCUGUACACACCUAGUUCAUAAUCCUCAUAAUUUAUCAACAAACACAAAAAAGUGUCUUACUUGAGAGUAAGAGUAUGUGUGAGUAUGAGUGUGUGUGUGUGUGUGUGUGCGCGUGUGUGUUUGUGUAGAAAUAAAUUUAUAAAUGGGGGAAGUAUUGGAGAAGGAAAGACGUAGACCUGCAGUUUGAGCAAAUAGCCGCAGUGUUUUAGGAGCUGAAAUGUCAGAUUUAAAGGUUUCAGCCUCCACUACUUCCCCAUUUUUGUGGGGAGCAGAGGGGGUGACUAAAGCUAUUUGGUUGUUGUGUUGAGGGGAGGGGAAUAAUUUUUGUUCAGUCUUUCCUAGUGACCAAACUUAAUUUUUAAGAAUAAUAUAUUGACUUAUUAAAUGGAACUGUUUUGAGCUCGAGGAAUCUCCAGAAGAGUGGAGUUCUGUGUUGGUCACAUGUUAAAAGCGCUUGCUCAGCGUUGGAGCAGAGGGCAUACCUAUUUCAGAUAUCCGUCCAUUUUCAUCUCAUUGUAGUUGAACAGUGUGACUUCUGAGGGUUGCUCUGGUGUCUGUUCUGGGUUGUGAAGAUCAUCUGAAAAAGAACUCUCACUACAUUGAAAAGCAAAAUUUUAAAAAAUUUACAUACUGUAUUAGAAAGUCAAAAAUUGAAAAAGUUAUAAUCUUAAAAGUAAAGUUGGAAAAUUUCCUAAAAUAGAGAAGAAAGUAAUUUCCUUUUUCAUUUGGUGGGCAGCGUGUGCCCAAAGUUGGUUUAAAAAAUAUUUCCAUUAACUAUUUUUAUUUAAAAUAAGCAUUUGAGGGAAGUUACCAAGGCAGCUCUUUUCUUCAAAAGUAGUAACCUGUUCCUCUUUGGAAUAGCAUAUUUCGGGCCAUGUUAGUACCCAGGAUUUUUACUCAUUUUACUCUAAAUCCUGAUGGUGACUUUGCCUAAAAGAACUUUAAGUAAGACUGAGGUCUGUGUGGGUAAUAAAAUAUUACCAAAGUCCACAAAAGUAAUUUAAAUUAAUUUUACAUGUUCUCUUUCAUGACAGAGAAUAGCACUGGUUCUGUUAUUUUUUAAAUGAAUAAGUGAUUUUUUGAUAGGUGUUUAAUAUUUCUUCCCUCACUGCUGAUCUUGGACAGAAACCAGUCUUUAUAUUUGAUGGACUGUUUUCAGAAAAAUCUUAAGUGUACAAUAGUUGUCUAAAACUGUAUGUUUAGGGGUGCCUGGGUGGCUCAGUGGGUUAAAGCCUCUGCCUUC